CUCCCGGAAGUGACGCUAACGUCCCGUGCGUGCGUUCAGGCGGCUGCGUCGGGCUGUAGGAGAAGAUGGCGGUCUCCACAGGAGUUAAAGUUCCUCGUAAUUUUCGCUUGUUGGAAGAACUUGAAGAAGGACAAAAAGGAGUAGGCGAUGGUACAGUUAGCUGGGGCCUUGAAGAUGAUGAAGACAUGACACUUACGAGGUGGACAGGCAUGAUCAUUGGGCCACCAAGGACAAAUUAUGAAAACAGAAUAUAUAGCCUGAAAGUAGAAUGUGGACCUAAGUACCCAGAAGCUCCUCCAUCAGUUAGAUUUGUAACAAAAAUUAAUAUGAAUGGAAUAAAUAAUUCCAGUGGAAUGGUAAUAGGGAUCCUACCAGCCUUCAAUGGCAUUGUUAGAAAAAAUUCUAUUAUGUCCAGGAUUGUUAAGCAUAAGCCAUUCAGCUACUUUGUAAUGAUGGGCUAA